CGGGAUUGAAGGAACCUCGUCCUCCCGGCCGGCCGGACCGCCAGAGACAGAGAGCGAUGCCGUCGCGUUCGCCGCGGCGUUCGGCCCGGGCCCCCUUCCCGAGCGCCGCCGAGCCCCCUCCCGGCCUCUUCCCCGCCAGGGAGGACCUCGUCCGCUUGCUCGCCGUCAUAUGCAUCGCCGCCGCAGCCGCCGCGGCCUGCAGCGUCCUCAACCGCCGCCCUGAGCCCUUCUGCGACUCCCCCCAAUCGCCCGAUGACUACGCCGACGGUACGGAUUCGUGUCAACCUUGCCCUCUGAACGGCCGAUGCGUGGACGGUGAGCUAGAGUGCGUCCAGGGGUUCAAGAGGCAAGACAAAGCAUGCAUAGAGGACGGACUGCUCAGCCAAACAGCUAACAAGAUUUCAGAGCUACUACAGCUAUGGAUCUGCAAUCAGCAUGCUCGUGCUUUAUGUGGCCAACCUGCCGAAAUCCUGUUUCAGCAGCAUGAUGUCUCAAAUGCAAUUGAUGAACUCUUGUCCAAGACUCCUGCUGGCCUAACUGAGGCUGGAAUUCAACUUGUGAAAACUAGGGUGCUGGAGAGUUCUCAGGACUUCUUCGACACGACAUUUACUUCCAACAAAGUCAAAGUAUUUAAAUGCCCUGAGCUGGUCGCGGAGCUUCAUAUGCCUUUGGCUUGUCGAGUUCGCCAAUGGAUCUCUAGAAAUACCAUCUGUGUGGCAACCUUUUGUAUCCUGCUUGCAGCACUGCUCUGGAUACUGUGGAUCAUUUACAGGAGGCGGGCAUUAUCUAAUAGAGCUGAACAAAUAUAUGAGCAGGUUUGUGAAAUCCUUGAAGAUAAUGCCAUAAACGCCAAGAUUGAUAACUCCAAUUGUGAGCCUUGGGUGGUUACCUCUUGGCUCAGGGAUCACCUGCUGGUUCCUCGAGAGAGGAAGAAUGCUUUCUUGUGGAAGAAGGUAUAUGGCAGUCAGGGGCGGAUCCAGCAAUCUGGCGUGCUCCGGCGACCGCCAUACCUCACUUCGAAAACACCACCUCCUCCACUCCAGAUUGCCAUGCUUCAUGCCAUCGUCGGUGCAUCAGUGCAUGAUGAGUCCUACUCGAGGCAAAUGACAACUUAUCAAGGAGAUAGGCUGAAAAGCAACGAUUGGAACCAACACCUUGAACUUCUGGUCGAAGAACUGAUACUAGAAGAUUCUCGAAUAGAUCAAUAUCCAAAGGUGAUUAAGGGGGAGUCAAAGGUUGUUUAUGAGUGGCAAGCAAGUGGCUCACUUAGUGCAAAGAUUAAAAAGGUGCAAGGUGCAAGGGUCAAGUCAAGGACUGGUGGAGGUGCGAUAAAAUUUGCAGAAGAAAUGGGUGCUUGCUUGGUUGAGGUGAGGGAGCAGGGGUCAUGUGAUUUAAUACGUGAAGAAAGAAGUAAGGCGAAGCUCACGAGCAGUGAUUAGGCUAUUUAUCUAUACGCCUCUGGUCUCUGGAGUGAGAUAGAAGUGUUUCUCAAACUAGUCUAUGCGAAGGCAGGAGGUACUGAUAUUUGUAUAUAUGAUAGGAGUAACAGGUACCGCGGAUCUCCGUCACAGUGUGUGCUAGCCUGCUGACCGCUGUUAGGAAUCCGGUGUUUGUCUUUUGGCGAAUUGUGUUAUUGCAACUAGAACGGACAAAUAGUCCUAGUCAUGAGAUUGAUAUGUCAUUUAACUUGGGAUUCGAAUUGAAGAUACCCAUCAUAUAAUUUUGUAUGCAGGAGCUUCAUUCGUUGAAAUAAACAUAUAUAUGGAUGUGAAUCAUA